AUGUCGCAGCUGUAUCCGCGGCUCCAGGUCUUACCCGAGGAGCUCGCGGCGCUCCAGUACCAUCCGAAGUGCAUCCGGAACAUCUGCGUCCUCGCGCACGUGGAUCACGGAAAGACCACGCUGUCAGACCACUUAAUCGCCAGCAACGGUCUAAUCCACCCGCGGCUCGUCGGAAAGCUUAGAUUCUUGGACUGGCGGGAAGAUGAGCAGCGGCGCGGGGUUACUAUGAAAAGCUCGUCGAUUGCGCUGCUGUUUAAACGGCACGCCGCGUCGCCGGGUGGGACGGCGGGGGGAAAGGCGCAGCAAGCGGAGGGCGGAGUGGAAGGGGGGAAGGGGGGAGGCGUGGGGGAAGGCGGAAAGACAGGGCCGCAGAAUGGUUUGGAUGAUAAAUAUCUGAUCAACCUCAUUGACUCCCCGGGACACAUUGACUUCUGCAGUGAGGUGUCAACAGCAGCGCGGGUGUCGGACGGAGCAGUGGUGUUGGUGGAUGCAGUCGAGGGGGUCCACAUACAGACGCACGCUGUGCUGAGACAGGCCUGUCUGGAGCGCCUGCAGCCUGUACUCGUUAUUAACAAGAUGGACAGGCUUAUAACGGAGCUGAUGCUCACUCCUGCGGAGGCCUACGAACGGCUCAAGGGCAUAAUCACGGAGGUCAACAACAUCAUCCACGCAUUCCGCUCCGAGAAAUACAUGUCCCACGUGGACUCCCUCUCCCUGCCAGCUGGCGCCACGUCAGCAGGCCAUCCAGCUGACGCCGACGGGGAAGCAAGCGGGGGAGGAGCAGGAGAAGGGCAAGGGAGGGGGGUGGGGGAGGGGGAGGAGGAGGAGGAUGAGGAGGAUGUGUUUUCCCCAGACAAGGGGAAUGUGGCAUUGGCAAGUGCAGUGGAUGGGUGGGCUUUAAGAGUGAAUGACUUUGCAGCCAUGUAUGCAAGAAAGCUUGGGGCGUCUGAAAAUGCCCUCAUGAAGGCUUUGUGGGGGGACUGGUACUAUAUUCCCAAGACCAAGAAAAUUCUGAAAAAGAAAGCAGCGCAGGCGGCAGUGGGCGGCGCAUCUUCGUCUGCCGCCGCCCGGCUGCGGCCGAUGUUUGUCCAGUUUGUGCUGGAGCCCGUGUGGCAGAUCUAUGAAGCUGCCGCCCAGGGAAGCAACAUGAUCGCCAGGUGGCUGCCUCUCGCGCCCUGCAUUCUAUCCAUGGUGGUGGAUUGCCUUCCCGACCCUGUUGCCGCCCAGAAAGACAGGCUCGGGUGCUACCUGCCGAAUCGGCCCGCCGUACCAGCUUCGUUAGACAGGUCUGGGGAAGCGGGAGCGGGAGAGGAGGAGGGAGGGGAGGAGUCGGUGUUGCGCCAGGUGGCGGCGGUUGAUAGGGCGGUGGAGACGUGUGAUUCGAGCGAAGAGGCCCCGUGUGUGGUGUUUGUGUCUAAGAUGUUUGCUGUGCCAUAUGAAAUGCUUCCAAGGGAGGAGCAGAGAGCAGAAGAGGAAGCAGCUGCUGCAGCAGCAGCAGCAGGAGGAGGAGGAGGAGGAGCAGGAGGAGGGGGAGGAGCAGUGGGGGGAGGAGUGGGGUCGGGAGGAGAUUUAGCUUCAGUGGACGAUUUAGGAGUGUCAGUGCGUGAUCGCGACUUCUUUUUCGCGUUUUCCCGUGUCUUCUGCGGGCGGCUGCGGGCGGGGCAGCGCGUCUUUGUCCUUUCCCCGCUCUACGACCCGUGCCGCCCGGCGACGUGGGCACGGCACAGACAAGAGGCGCAAGUGGGCGCACUGUUCAUGAUGAUGGGGCAGGGGCUGCAGCCAAUCAGCAGCGUGCCAGCUGGCAGCUGCGUGGCGAUCAAGGGAUUAGAGGCGUGCAUUCUGAAGAGUGCGACUGUGUCUUCAACUCCCUACUGCCAGCCAUUCGCUUCCAUGGUGUUCCAGGUGAGGCAUCGACAAGGGCAAUGGGCGAGAAGGGAGCGAGGGGAAAGAGGGAAACUGCGUGGCGAUCAAGGGGUUAGAGACGUGCAUUCUCAAGAGUGCUACUGUGUCUUCCACGCCCUACUGCCAGCCAUUCGCCUCCAUGGUGUUCCAGGUGAGGAUGCCUGUGAGGAAGGUGGGUGCGGCAGGGCAGGUAAGGUGCUUGUCGAGCGACGCAUCAAGGACCUGCAGGAGAGCUCUUCACCCUCUCUUCUCAACAAUCACACUCCAUUCUUCCCUCCCUCUCCCACGCCUUCCACAGCCAGAGGACCCUCGCCAUCUGCCCCUCCUCGCCCAGAGACUGCGCCUUCUCAACCGCGCAGAACCUUUGUGGAAGUGGAGCUGGCUCGCUCCGGAGAGCAUGUGGUGGGGGCGGCGGGGGAGGCUGCCCCUAUUGUCCGUGUCGCCAUCGAGCCAGAAGACCCUCGCCACCUCCCCCUCCUCGCACGCGGCCUCCGUCUAUUAAACCGUGCCGACCCCUUCGUAGAAGUCGUACUGGCUCGCUCAGGGGAGCACGUGGUGGGAGCAGCAGGGGAGGUGCAUCUGGAGCGGUGCAUCAAGGACCUGCAGGAGCGCUUCGCCCGCAUCAAGCUCGUCGUGUCCAAGCCCAUCGUUUCCUUUCGAGAAACCAUCGCCCCCUCGGGAUAUGCGACUGGCUCUGCUAGUGCGAGUGCAUCCGGGUCUGAGAGUGCGUUGGUGUUUCCUACCACGGUGCUUACGGUUACCACCACUCCGGGACCCCCUCCUAGCCUCUCAUCACUGCCUGGUGCUGGUGGUGCUGGGGUUGAUGGGAUGAACAGCAGUGGGAACUCAGCAUCCCCCUUAGCAGCAGCUUCGUUAUCUCACCUAGCAGCGCUGGCAGCAAAUUCUGCUGCGUCUGCUGCCUCUGGAGCGGCCAUACCACUAGGCUUCGGCCUUGGUUACGCGCUUGCGGUUACCACCACAAGCACUGGUUUUGCUGCCGGUGGCAGUGCUGGUAAUAGCAUUAGUGGCAGCGGUGCUGGUUCCAUGGGUAACCCUGCUCAUCCCUCAUCAGCAGGAGCGGGAGGGGGAGGGGCGGCAGCAGGGGCAGGUUUACCCGGGGGAGGUGCUUUCUGGACGGAGCUCUGGGCGGCAAACGGGCGGUGCCGGGUGAGGGUGCUCAUUGAGAAGCUUCCUGGAAAGCUGGCAGCGGUUUUGGAGAGAGAAGGGGAGACUCUGAGGGAUGCGCUUGUUGAAGAGGGAGGAGGGGUGGGGGGCGGAGUCAAGGGAGGAGGAGGAGGAGGAGGAGGAGGAGGGGCAGAAGGAGCAGGAGGGGAAGGAGAAGGAGAAACGUCAGCACCAUCAGAAAAUUCAACUCAGUCAAUGCAGUCAAUGCAGCAGUCAAGGCAGUCAGCCACUCUAGCAUCCCUAAGGCAACGCCUCCUAGAAGCCAUAGACGAGGCAGACAUAGACGAGGGCUUGGACGCAUCUGGGGGAGGAUCAUCUGCCGCCUCUGCUUCUGCCGCUGCCUCUUCGUCUUCAUCUGCAGGGAACCAGCCAAUGGGAGCGGAGGCGAGGCGGGCGGCAGUGGCGGAUUUCCAGGCGGCAUGGAGGAGCAAACUGGAGAGAAUCUGGUCGCUAGGGCCGAGACACGUCGGCCCAAACUUGCUCCUUGCUCCCAUUCCUGUGAAUCCCAGUGGGAAUAGUACAGAUAAUUCUAGUGGGAACAGUACUGGUCAUUCUAGGUCAGGCGUUUCUGGGAGCUUGCCAGCUGGUGGUGUGGUUGUUCCCGGGCUGCCGGAAGCUUCCUGGAAACUCGGGCUGGCAAGCGCAGGUGCUGUGCAAGGUGGUGCGGAAGGAAUGGGGAAAGGGGUGGGAGGGUCGAAUGGUGCGGUUAGUGCAGCAGAUGGGGAGGAGCGGGAGGAGAAGGAGGAGAGGGAGAGUGGUGCUGUUGUUGGUGAUGCUCCUGUUAGCCCCUCUAGUGCGCCAGAGCAUGAAGUGGUGCUGCGGAACGAAGCCGCUGGUGAGACGUCUCAAAAGGAACAUGAUGACGUGGCACUGCAGCACGAAGCGGAGGGAUUGGCCGGGUCGGUGGUGAGUGGCUUCCAGCUCGCCACGUCAGCAGGCCCUCUGUGCGAGGAGCCCCUGUGGGGGCUGGCGUUCACUGUAGAGGUUGUGAUUGUAAAGGGCGCUGGCCGCCCAGGAGCAGCCUUCAGUAGUAUCACUAGCAGCAGCAGCGGCACCAGCAGCAGCGAGCAGCAGGCUAGUGACGACACAGCACCAGCACAGAACGUGCCUGCAUCGAGUGUGCCUAUAUCAGGGCAGGUGAUGAGUGCAGUGAAGGACGCGUGCAGAGCAGCAGUAGCAGCCAACUCCCCUCGGCUGGUAGAAGCCAUGUUUCUGUGCGAGGUCACCACCACCACUGAGGCAUUAGGGGCUGUGUAUGCGGUGCUGGGGAGGAGGAGAGCAGCCGUGGUGAGGGAGGAGAUGAAUGAGGGAUCGGGGAUGUUCACUGUGCAUGCGCAUUUGCCCAUGGCAGAGUCGUUUGGGUUUGCAGAGGAGUUGAGAGGCAGGACGUCCGGUGCUGCCAGCCCGCAGACGAUCUGGGUAUUCUGUGGUGAGACGACUUGA